AUGUGCAGGGAGAGGAACACGGCGAGGGAAGACGGCAGGCGAUACGCACCGGAGAUACUCGACAACCUCCUCCUUCGCUAUGAGGAGCCGUCGUCGAUGGUCCGAUGGGACUCCCCCCUCUUCACCGUGCCAUGGACAGACGACGAUGUCCCCGCCGACGACAUCUGGAAGGCUGUGUCCGAAGGCAACGUGAAGCCCCCAAACGCCGGCACCCAGGCAGUACGUCGAGCCUUCUGA